AUGAGAAAGGAGAUUUCUGAUAAAACUACAUCAGCAACCUAUCCUUCUCAUAUGGAGAAAAAAGACCUGUAUGUUGAGGAUGAACUUGAGACUUCUCCAACAGUCAUCCCAAAGAUUGUGGCAGAGUUCAUCGGGACCUUCAUACUUCUCUUAAUAGGGUGUGGAUCAGGGUUCAUAGAUCAAAGGCACAACAUAACAAUAGUGGGGAUAGCCUUUGCUUGGGGCUUGGUUGUAAUGGCCAUGAUAUACACUUUAGGCCAUAUCUCAGGGGCUCAUAUAAAUCCUGCAGUCACUGUUGCCUUUGCUAUCAUCGGUCGAUUUCCUUGGAAGCAGGUUAUUUUCUAUGUUGUGGCUCAAGUACUAGGAGCAAUCCUAGCGUGCUUGAUGCUUAGGUGGUUGUUUAAUGGAGAUCGAUUGAACGCCAUGUUGACUCUCCCUGCAGCUGAUACCGAUGAUCUCACGGUUGUAGCUUGGGAGAUCUUGGCAUCAUUUAUUCUCAUGUGGGUCAUUUGUGGUGCUGUCACUGAUUAUAGAGCGAUCAAAGAGCUCUCGGGAGCAGCAGUUGGAGCAGCAAUCUUCCUUGAUGUUCUCAUCACUGGUAAAAUAACCGGAGCUUCGAUGAAUCCUGCAAGGAGCAUAGGACCAGCCAUCGCAGCGAACAACUUCAGAAAGCUAUGGAUUUAUAUAAUAUCCCCAGUUAUCGGUACAAUAGCUGCUGCAUUGCUGUACAGUCUUCUUCUAUCCCCUAACAAAGUUCAGAAGAAUACAUCAAAGAAUGUGACUAGCAAUGUAAAUGGUAUUCACAACCCAGCUUAUAAUUCAGGGAGGGAGAUGGAGCUUGCUUGAACUAAUGUAACCAGAUCUCGGAGUUGAUUGCCUAUAUUUUCUUUCUACAUUAAUUCAAGUUGCAUGAAAGCUAGGCAUUUAAUUUUCUGGGUGUUUCUUUUUUUUUUUCCCCUUUCUUUUUCCAGCCAAUAUGUGUAUUUCCUUUGUUUGUUGAACGUUUGAUGCAUGUUAAGUGGUUAAAUGUAAGAAAGUUGAGUUUUUUUUAAUCUCUGUGACUCUCCUUGUAGAUGUCAGCAUAUAAA